AUGAAUCGAGAAAUCCUGGAAGGCAUUAAGAAGAGGGUCUCGGGCGUGUGCGGGGCCUGGGUGGAUGAGCUCCCUAGCAUCCUGUGGGCAAUGCAAACAACCCCCAAGACCACCUUGGGGGAGUCUCCAUUCAGUCUAGCGUUCGAGAUCGAAGCAGUCCUUCCGCCCGAAAUGGUGUUCCCGACCUUGCGCACCAUCGCCUACAAACAAGACAACUCCGAGGAGGGCCUACGGGCGAACCUAGAUCUCCUUGAAGAGAGAAGAGCCAAGGCGCAUCUACGCACCCUGGCAUACAAAAAGGCUACAACUUGA